AUGGAAGUUCAUCGUAUUCCAUCAAUUACUAUCGACAACGGACAUGGCUUUAUGAAAGCUGGGUUCAGUGAAGAGAAACAGCUUCCUACCGUGACGAUCCCAUGUCGUGAUGACGUCCUGCUAGGCGAUUUUGUUGUAGAAAAAGUUCAGGAAGAAAGACUCCCUACCGUAAAUCUUGAUUCUCUGAAAGAGAUGUGGAAAGACGCACUAUAUAGACUGAAAGCUGAUCCAGCUGAGUACAUCAUCGUACUCACUGCAAAUCGAUUGUUUACGGAAAAAGACAAGUACGAUAUAGCAGACAUUAUGUGGGAAGAAUUCGGAGCAGAAGGACUGGCCAUCUGCAACGAAUCUUCUUUCCCAAUGAUUUGGUAUGGCAAACAGACAGGUGUCUAUGUAGACUGCGGUGAAUUGAUCACUUCUGUUGUCGUCUUUCACGACGGCCGACGUCUUAGUGACAAUGUGCUCAAUUUUGGUGGUCGGGAUGUUACUCUAAAGCUUUUGUCAAGCCUACAGCAAAAUGGAUACGACCAGUUCGACUCACAAAAUCUUGACCAUCUUAAGAAAAUCAAAAAAAUCAAACACGAAUACGGACGGAUAAGUACUGACAAUGAAAAAGAGAUGCAUCUUGCAUACCAGACUGAGCCAACCUCAGUUCUCUGCCAACUAGAACCACAACAAGUUCUUGUUAUGCGCAAUGAGCAUUUUACCUGCUCAGAGGGUUUGUUUCAUCCUCAUCACUUUGGUAAACGUCAGAGUGGAAUCCACCACGCGGUGUGCCGAGCCAUCGUGUCACAACCCAUAGAUAAACAAGCCGCACUCUACGAAUCCAUACUUUUGUGCGGCGGCACCACAUUGCUGAAGUCAGUUUCGGAAAGAUUGUCGACCGAAAUUGCCAAUUUUAUGAAGGUCAGAACGCCUGUCAAAGUCAUUGCUCAUGAGGGUCGUGAACACAGCACCGCAUAUGGAAUUCCUAUAAGUGUGCGUCAAGCCGUUCGAUCUCAACCUCUAGAAAUGCAGGUAAAACUCUACAACUUCGUCGUUCCGUGCGGUGGCUGCUCGAUGUUACCGUACUUUGUCGAGCGGUUCGCCCAUGAUGUAAAGAGAUUAGAAAAUCGCCUCGCUCCUCAUAUCAAUAUCCAUCACAAUCUUGACCGCGAAUACAGCGCCUGGUACGGUGCCAACGAAAUUGGCCGUAUGGACUCUGACUUCUUCGAGUCUGUGAUGCUCACCAGAUCUAUGGACCAUGAAAAGGGUGAAGCUACAUUUCGAGAAAAGCAGAUGUCGACAGAGACUGUGAAGAGAAAGCCACGUCCGCCAGAAGAUCGGUUUGAAGACGACAAAUAG